AUGCCACCUACACCCACCCUCCUCCCUCACCACACGGGUCCGCGGCUAGUCCUCUACGCCCAAACCCACCAUGAUGGCAGUGGCAACCCGAUCUCGCUCCUGCCCCUCAUCACGCAAAAUACCGGCGUCACGCACGUUAUAGUUGCUGCGAUCCAUCUCAACGAGGGCCCGGGGAAUAUCACGCUCAACGAUGACCCACCCAGUGCGGAGAAGUUCAAGACACUGUGGAGCGAGGUCAAGUGGUUGCAGGGGACUGGGGUGAAGGUGCUAGGGAUGCUGGGAGGUGCGGCGAGAGGGAGCUUUGAGAGGCUGAGUGGGGGAGAUGAGAGUUUCGAGUCUUAUUACCGCCCCCUCCAUGCCAUAAUAAGCACCCACGCUCUCGACGGCCUAGACCUCGAUGUCGAAGAACAAAUAUCCCUCUCCACGGCUCAACGCCUCAUCCACCGCCUCCGAAGCGACUUCGGCCCCCAGUUCCUCAUCACCCUCGCCCCCGUCGCCACGGCACUCCUUCCCGAUCCCGCCCACGCUCAUCUCCAUCCACGACCUCUCCUCUCCCCGAAUCCAACGCCGAACCCGCUCCAUCCCACCCUACCACAUCUCUCAGGCUUCAGCUACCCGGCUCUCGAGAAUUCGCCGGCUGGGCAGGAGGUGAGCUGGUAUAACACGCAGUUCUACUGCGGGUGGGGCGACGCGGGGAGUAGUCAGUGGUACGAUGCGAUUGUGGCCGCGGGGUGGCAUCCGCGGAAGGUAGUUGUGGGCGUGGUAACGAAUCCGGGGAACGGGGCGGGAUAUGUGGAGUUAAGGAAGCUAAGAGAAGUAUUGGGACUACUAAGGGCGCGGUAUAAGGACCGUGGGGAGGGGUUUGGGGGGGUAAUGGGAUGGGAGUACUUCAACGCCGGCGGCGGCGAGGAUAAAGUCCAUCUCCAGACCGUGAGUAACGGCGCAGAUGGGCAAGCCGGAUGGGUCGGCGGCCUCGGAACCGUCCUUCGAACGCCUGAUCCUCCAGCUUCUACAGCACCUGGGUUGUCCGGGGCGAAUCUGGGUCAAAUCAUCGCAUCUCUGCCCACCCCGCCUGUUUCCUGGCCCGUGGAAUCAAUCGAAUCACUCACAGUCAUAGGAUUCUCGAGACAGGAAGCCGUGGCAGCCCUGAACGCGACGGACGGGAACGUAGAAAUUGCAGCUGGGCUGUUGUUUGAGAGCUGA